GCCGCGCUGGACCACAUUCAAGUUUGUGUCUUGAGUCCUUCCUGGCUUGAAGCCAUCUCGCUUAUUCCUCGUCCGGAUCCUGCCUUUGGUGUAUGCAAGCGUUCUGGCACAGCUCAGCCUCAUCAUUAUUGUCGUGACCGACUUGCACCUUGUCUCCUCACGCAACCCAGCAAUCACGAACACAAGAAGAGUUGCUUUUACCGACCUGGUUUCUCCUUGUGUAGAUAACAUCUACCUUUGGGUGGUCCACUGCUGCUUGCUCUGGUCAAGCUGUCCUCGUAUAGUGCCAGUUGCUGACUUGGCUGUAUUUUGGAAAGGCUGGAACUGGGCCCGAUCUGGAGGGCUCGAGAUAUGAUCCUAUGAUCGACACCACUCCGAGAGCGUUCACCAGCUUCCUUCCCGCCUGUCGGAUGUUGCUUUUGCGUCCGCCCUGCUGCCUUGCACAAUUUCAAGCGCUGUCACAUCAGACUAAUGGGCUGUGUGUAUGACAUGUUACAUUAGGUUCCCUUGCAGGACGAUCAGCUGCCUGUCAGAUUUGUUGCGUCGAACGUCAGGCCGUCAGUCGUUGUCCCAAAGUGCUCAGCCAAACCGUUCUUCCCGAUCGCAUCUGCUUUAUCGUCCUCCGUGGCAGGCAAUCAGCUAGGGAUGUCCCGCGCCGGCCUCCGGAAUAUGCCAUAGACUUGCAUGCGCCCGAAGAGCGAUUUCUUGGCUCAGAGACGAGGGGAAAAAUGAAUGUGAGAGGUUCACACCGCAACCACGAGAGGUCAUGACCUCCAGGGCUGGCAUGACAUCAAUCAUGUAAGGAAUGGGCUUGAAUUGUUUGACCGUCACAAGGAUUAGGACCAUUUGAGGCAUCAGAAUCGCCUAAACACAUCCCCAGCUGAAGCGGCAACCAAGCCAUCGCACCCUCCUGACAGUCCGACAAAUAUGGUAGCGAGUCAUUCGUUGCAUUCGUUUUGGGGUCUCGCCAGCCGUUCGAUCUGCGGCUCUAUCCCGGUCGCUCACGUAUGGAUCCACCUUCCGCGGCACCAUUCUCCAGUUUAGUGUGGUGCCUGUCUCAUGGCGAUACCUGGUCAUCUCUUCGGCUGUCCUUACUGCCUUCGCCGCCUCACGAUUUGGCCUGACCCGAGAUGUGUUCUGGUAGCACAGCAGAUCCUCCGGCCGUUCGGACCCUGCAAGAUCUGAAUACCAGGAGCCAUUUGUGGCUUCCGUCUACCUCUCUUGCGGCUUCGAGGAAAGUCCAUAACUCGACAGGUCUGUGUCGAGCCCGGUAUGUACAUGUACUCCUACGAGCAUGUGUUGUCAUCUUGCGCCCUUUCAUGGCCUUGUCCACAAAUUACGCCUUACGGCUGUCCCGGUGGCUUGAGAAAGCAGACGCCUAGCAUUAACAAACGCGCAAGGAAGAUAGCAAGAAUCAUGUGCUGCACCACUGGCUCACGCUCCAGCCCGUUUGGAUCGCACCAACACAUUCGGAAGGAGUCUAAACUGCUCUGACAAAAUGCAACGCAUCCAUGCUGUUUGAAGACAUUAACCCUGCCUAUGUGAUCACCACACCGUCCGCUCUCGGAGCGGACAGGCUCUUCCUAUAAGUGCCUCCUCGCAAAAUUUGCGGUCAUUCAGGAACACCAAGACACUUAGACCGGUGCUCAGCCCUUGUAUCGAUUAUCAUACUACUCCUUCGCAAAACCCCUCGUUGCAGGAACCGACAACCUUAUCUCAGGGUUGCCGAGAGCUUUCCGACGAUCGAAAGUACAACAUGGAGCUCGCUGUUGCACCGCCUUCGAAGAUUGCUGCAGGGAGAUCACUUCAGGUGCCGGUCGUUGUGACUUUUACCACAGAGAGUCCCUUUGGGAACCGGCAAACCAAACAGGAAAAAGCAGAACUGCCAGAUUUGAACGGUUUGUGGGCUUUUGUGUCCCUUACAACGCCUGACAUGCAGCAAAGUCUGGCGCCGCCCCGGAGAGACCUGUUGCGCGGGCGAACUGCAGAUUCAAUCCAUCCACUGCAGCAAUCCCAAGAAGGAGAACAGCCUACCCUGGGCUACGCAACCUUUCGAGAGCUUGUGAUCACCCAGCCUGGUCAAUACCGCAUGAGAGUCAACAUCGUCGACAUGAACACACUGUUUGCAGGAAACUUUGCAGAGGGAGCAGCCACAGUUCUGCCUCCCAUCCAUUCGCAGGUCUUCGAUGUUGUGGAAGCAGAGGACCACGCAUUUUGCGAAACAGAAGUCGCCGAGACCCUUGGGAGACUCAGGUCGAUUGGUGUGGACUGUUAGAACUUGCUAUGGGUUAUGGCUGGGAUUGGAAAUAUAAUGAUAGAAAGCCAUCAACGCCACCCGACGAGAAUCAAAACUCGGUUCCAAAAAGUUACAGGAGGUUGCUAAAAAAUGACCUUAAGUCAUGCUCCGUUAGCUUCAAGUUUUGCUUAGUUUCGAUGCUUGAUCAAGGUAAAGUUCAACAACGGCCGGUGCAAGACUACCAGGUAGCUGUGUUAGCGAAACCUAGCAAUCUAGGAGGAGGCCGCAGAAAAGCGAUUACAGUACCCGUGCCAGUGGCGCAGCUAAAUCUGUAGUAAAUAUACAGUGGCCAGGUC